CUUGCCUCACUGCAACCUGCGCAACCUGCGAUGGAAGUCGUGCUUCUGGGGAGCGCGUUAUCGAACCUGUGCGCACUUCUCAUCGACGCCUAUGCGUCGCGAGCGCAGCGUCCGCUGAUUCAGCCUCCUGCGGAACCGGACACCACUACGCAACGAGCAAGCAACAGCAAAGACCGCGUCGAAGCGGCGCCUGCGAGUGAUGCAAAUCCACAGGAGGCGGACGCGGAGCAGUUUCCGGAGGGGAGCAUUCCCGCUUUGGAGAAAAAAGUCAAACACCUCAGAGCAGAAGCGAAGCGAGUAAACGCCCCUGACACUUUUGUCCAAUACGCACGUCUUACCCGUGAAGCGAAUAAAGUAGAGAAAGAGUUGACAGAAAAGAAAGCCCUCGAGCCAAGCGAUACGCAUGGGACGGUACUGCCCGAUGUGAUGGCCAUGCUCUCCAAAGCGGUGACCCCACAGGCGCAGUCGUCGAUGAAGCGACGGGCGCAGUUCAUGGUCUUGAAGGCCAUCGUGCGUGCGUUACCGUUCCUUUUGCUGUGGUGGUACUUUUCACCAUUUGGAUAUGACCGAGGUCCUGCGGAUGCACUGGUAAUAGACUGCCGAGCUUUUCGCCCGCUUUCAUUUAUAUUUUCAAAGAGGGAGCCGUCCUGCGGUGACGACCACUGGAUGUGUGCCGCACAACCUCCACAGUGUGCCGUGUCCUAUUGGAUGGUGCUUGUGCUCGCGAAUACCGUCUUUCCGAUGAUCUUUCAAGCAUUCGUGUGACCUUGCGGAUGCUGCGUCGCGUCUGACCAGCCGACCCGCGGCAAAAGGAUCGGCACACGACGGGAUGCAAGUUUUGUACAAAACUGGGUGACGGUGAUGCUUGCCUAGUUGAGGUAAACAAAUGUUCAUUAUGAUCUUCUUUGCGCUAUGCGCUCUUUUCUCAGCGAGCGCAAAGUAUAUUUCCUAAAUCCCUGCAAGUCGCUCGCAAUGGCGCUCUCCACAAACGUGUUCACAAAGCCCGACUGCAUGACGACCGCGAGCAACGAAGCGAUGUCAUAAUCCACGGUCAUGACGACCUUUGUCAUCUCCUGCUCAACCUGGACGAACUCGACGGCGCCGACAUGGUUGAGCCCUGACACGGAGCGCCAUCGGAUGGUGCGCGCGUCGGGCGGGCCGAGCGCGUCCUCGCCGGGGGGCA